AUUUAAUGGCCCGUGUUUAUUUCACGCUUCUUUGUAACUAAUAAUUACAGACCCUACAGUCGGCUAUACUGUAAGCACAGACCACAGGACACACACACAGUGUGGGAAACGUCAUAAAAGAUACCGCCCUCUCGCGCUCUCUCAUUGGCUAACCGUCUCCAUACCCCGCCCUCGCAGCGCCGAUCCGCAGCGUCUAUUGGAUACAAACGCUGCCUGUCUCCUGGAAAAGCCGAAGCCACGCCCACCAGGAUUGAACAGUCAGAAAAAAACGAAAAUUGUAAACAAACCCAACAGCGGAUUAAUGGUAAAAUAAUUUUAAAACGUACCUUUUAUAAGGUCUUCUAUUACCCUUUCAGGAGGCUGUAGAGAGUUAUUAACACGUCCGAGUUUUGAAACGCAGCCUGAAAUGAUUCAUUAUCAAAAUAAAUACAAAUAAAAAACCUGAGCAACAUUUAUUUAGUUGGUAAUUCUCGUGAAAUUGACCCCAGAAACACCGCUGGAAAAGGUGAGCGAUGGCCAGGUCACUGGAAGGAGCCGGUUCAGUUACCUGGUGGGGACUGAGUCCAGCACUGGACCUGCUGGAGACAGCUGGACUCAGACGUCCAGGGAGCAUGGACGGUUCUGUCCCCCAGGACGUCAACAUUCUGCUGAUAGGCAGCGGGGACCUGAGACAUGUCCUCAAGACUAUCGCUGGACUCGGACAAACUGGAGACCAACAACCAAACAUUCACAUCUACAUCGUGGAGAACAGCUUGGAGCUGAUUGGUCGACACCUCCUCUUCCUCUCAUUGGCUCUGGAGCCGCCCGAGAGGAUGGGCCUCCAAGAGAAGGCAGAGCUGUUUCUGGAGCUGUUUGGAAACACUCUGAUCCGCAGCCAGACCGCGGGGUACCUGAGAGAGAGCGUCCCGAGACUGAGGCAAUACAUCCAGGAGGAGAGACUGCUCCCUACGAUAGAGCUGACAGCACUGAGGUAUAAGGAGCGGGACCAGUUGGACGCUGUGUUCAAGUUUUGGGGCUCCACCGACCCCCUCACUUUCCAUACUGACCGCCUCUGGGAUGCUCGGCUCAGGCAGUACCUGGGCAGCCGAUACGACACGAGAGAGGGGUCCUUCGACUGGGACCUCAGCAUGAAACUACAUCAGAGAGGGGCAGGGCUGGUCAGUAAGGCAGAGUAUGUGAGGUGGAGAGAGAAGGGCGUGGCCUUUGAACUGAGGGAGGGGAUCUACGACACAUCCAAUCGAACCCUGGCUUCAGGAGCGCUGCUUAAACACAAAGGGGAGAUGGUUCCUGUCAGGGGUUAUUGGGGUGACAUUGUGACGAGCCCCUACAUCUCAUUCGGGAUUGAGACAGACGACCCCAGUCUGCUAAAGACUGUCAACGGACGACCGACAAAGACAGCUCAGGAAGUUUCCUAUCACACAGUGCAGCAGCUGUUACAGGCUCUCACCACCAGGGGGCACUGUGCAGGGUAGCAGACAGAGGAGCAGGGCAUUGUGGGAGACCCCUCACCCAAUCAGAGCGCUCCAUCACCCCAAGAGACAGCAGCAGACUACGCUUCUCUCUCAUUGGAUCAGGUGAAGAUUCACUUCCUGCCUGUCAACUGUCUGGAGAGACUUCAUGAGAGGAGUCGAUACAAGCAGCUGUUCAACAUUAUCUACUGCUCCUGCAGUAUGGUUCACCAGCUGAAGGCGCCACUGAGACAGACUGCAGCUCCCAGAGCAUCUCUCAUCAUUGAACUGGGCAGGUAUAUUCUAGACCUGAACACAGACCAAGCCUCCGGAUUGGCCGACAGAGUCUGUGACAUCGCCAAGGAGGCGGGGUUUACCCCAACGGGGCCUCGGAGUGAUGUCAUCGCUCGAUUCCAACUCCGUGACCCCGAGAAACUGUUUAAUUGAAGUCAACUCGUCAUCCAGAGCCACGCUUUUUAAAAUCCCCCAAGCUUUUAAAAUACUACAAAGACUGACAGUAAUGAUAUUGGACAUAUUUUAUUGAAGCUCUAAUUCUCUAUAAAAUAAAAUAAAAAUGAAACCGCU